AUGGCGCAACCCGUGCUGACGUCCGAGCCCACAAGCGCCACUCCCCACGCGUCCCUUCCCUCAACCCUCCCCGCACUCAUCGAGCUACAAGUUGCCCUCUCACUCUGGGCCUGGCCGACCCUCACUUUCGCGAUCAGCAAUUCUUUCGGCGGCAGCCCGGAGGUCGCGGCGGAGAAACGCGAAUUGCUCGCGGGCGCCGUGUCUGAACUGCUAACCUCCAAGCCAGCAUCACUACACGAGGUUGCAGAUCUAGAAGAGGUACUUCUGCACGUGAUGAACGACGAAUUCGAAUUAGUGGUGGACGACGGGAGUGCGCAGGAAACGGCCGAAGCGAUAUGGCGUGGGAUGGAGAAGUUGGCUAAGGGUGAUGUUGGGGAUCUGGAGGCCGCAUAUACCAAGUACCUCGAAAAGCAGAAGAGUGGGAAGAAAGAGCAAGUCAAUUUCGUGCAGGGAAAGGACGAUGAGGGCGAGGAGACGGACUGGGAUGACGAGGACGAAUUCAACGGCUUCGACGACGAUGACGAACAAGACGUGGAGAUGGGUAACACCCCGGAUUCGGCUCAAAAGAAGGAGAAGCCCGCACCUGAGAUCGAUGAAGAUGGUUUCACGAAAGUUGUCGGCAAGAAGAACAGGUGA